GUUUUGGGCCUGUAUUAUUUGGACUCAAAGAGUUAAGCUCAAAACACUUGAGCUGAACCGGUGAGCGGUCUGUCCUACUUGUACAAAAACUCGUGCCUCAGCAGCUGCAAACACAUCUAGAUCCUUUGUAACUGUUUGAGUCUUCCCCAGAUUCAUUCAUCAUGUUCUUGUUCGAUUGGUUUUAUGGGAUUCUCGCAUCGCUCGGGUUAUGGCAGAAGGAGGCUAAGAUCUUAUUCUUAGGCCUCGAUAAUGCCGGCAAAACCACCUUGCUUCACAUGCUCAAAGACGAGAGAUUGGUCCAGCAUCAGCCAACACAGUAUCCAACAUCAGAAGAGUUGAGCAUUGGGAAGAUCAAGUUCAAGGCUUUUGACCUUGGGGGUCAUCAGAUUGCUAGAAGAGUCUGGAAAGACUACUAUGCCAAGGUAGAUGCUGUGGUCUACUUGGUUGAUGCCUAUGACAAGGAAAGAUUUGCUGAGUCGAAAAAAGAGCUGGAUGCUCUCCUCUCUGAUGAGUCUUUGGCUAAUGUCCCCUUUCUUAUUCUUGGAAACAAGAUAGAUAUUCCAUAUGCUGCCUCUGAAGAAGAGUUGCGUUACAGUUUGGGCCUGGCCAACUUCACCACAGGCAAGGGCAAGGUAAAUUUGUCAGACUCUAAUGUCCGUCCUAUGGAGGUAUUCAUGUGCAGUAUUGUGAAGAAAAUGGGUUAUGGAGAUGGUUUCAAAUGGGUCUCUCAGUACAUCAAAUAGGCCAUUAGUAAUAGAUGGUUUGUAUUGUGUUAAGUUUAUUCCUUUACUUUUGAAUUGGAGGUGUUGUUAGUAUAAAUUGCUACUGAAGAAAUUGCAGAAUAUUUCAGGUUUUUCUUUGAAAAUGUCUGAGACAACCCUCCAUCUACAUUAAUCCAAUAUAUGCUGAACCCAAUGUUUUGUUA